GCAGAACCUGCAUGCCGUACACGGUGAAUCGGAUGUCCACGUGGAGGUAUUGCGAAGGCAGCGGAUGCAACUCGACGAAAGGCAAGAGCGCCUUUUCGAUUUCUUGUAUGUGAAGGCAGAGCAGGAGAAGGAGAACCGCCGGCAGAUAGCUGAGUUCGAGGAGCUGCUUGCCGAGGAGCUCGCGAGAAGAAAGGCCCAGCAGGUCCGGAAGGAAGUGGUCCGGCAGCAGGUGUGCAACCAAUCGGAGGAGCUUCGAGCCCUCAAGGAGAAGCUGCAGGCUGCUCAGGUGAACAAGGUUCGGGCCCGCCAGCUGAUGGAGAAGCAGGAUCGAGAGCGCAGUGAGCAGGAGCAGCAGGGGGCCCACGAUGCCCUGGUGGAGGACACCGGAAACGAAUUUUUACUUCGCGUUUCUGCGCUUCUGGACUUUGCUUUGCGGCCCUGA